AUGAAGGGCUUGUGCGUGCAGCUCGGUGUCGUGACUACGCCACAACUACACUUUGCCGUACAACACAUGAAUGGCACACUGGCCAAUCACCCCCAUGGAGACGUUCAGCUGCUUGACCUAGACGACGUUUAUAUUCGCCAAUACGCCACCCGCUUUUCCAGCGGACUAUGUCGGCUCAUGUCUAGGCCGGACAAAAUAUACAAUUCUGCCGGUAGCUUUGUUGAUCUCCAUGUGGAUUGCGCCCACGGAGUUGGUGGUAUAGCCUUGUCAAAGCUGAACGCUGCCUUGGGCUCCGGGGAUUCGCCCCACAAGCUCCGACUCCAUUUGUACAAUCUAGAAACAGACAAACCGGAACUACUUAAUCUUGAGUGUGGAGCCGAUUUCGUGAAAAUUUCUUCACAAGCACCAACAAUUCAUUUUGUCCACUCGAAUGUGCCCCGCUCUGCUACCGACCGUUGGGCCACUAUCGAUGGAGACGCGGAUCGAUUGCUUUACUUUUACCACGACUACUCAGCUGAAUGUCCUCGACGCAUUGUGCUCCUCGAUGGAGACCGAAUCGCCUGUUUGUUCGCCAGCUUCUUCACUCAGCUGCUGAACUUCACUCGAUCUGAACAUCAGCUGACGGUCGGCGUGAUACAGACAGCGUAUGCGAACACCGGGUCCACCGCAUACCUGCGUAACACACUUAGCGUCAGCGUCAAAUGCGUACCAACUGGGGUCAAACACUUACAUCAUGCCGCGCGCGAUUUCGACAUUGGAAUUUAUUUCGAGGCCAAUGGACACGGUACAGUGCUCUACUCCACUGCAGCAUUGAAUUACAUUCGUACUCUGGAUGCAGAGCACCCUCUGGCGAUUUUCUACGCGCUGACGAACACAGCUGUCGGUGAUGCUAUCACCGAUAUCCUGUUGGUCGAAUACGCACUGGCAUGGCACACUUGGUCACUCUUCGACUGGGCUGCACUGUACACCGAAUCGGCCUCGCGUCAAGUUAAAGUGGGCGUCAAAGACCCCUCGUUAAUCCAGACAACUGAUGCGGAACGCCGCGUCUCUUCUCCGGCCGCCCUGCAAGUUAACUUCAAUUUAUCGAUAUUACGCCUGUAUUUGUCUUUAACUAGCAUCGCUUCUGUUCGAGUGGGUUUACCAUUGAUACUCAGUUCGGCAAGCACGGUGGAUUCAGUUGCGUUACUUCGCGUCACUAGAAUGUAA